GUCAAACACCACAACAUUUUAUAUUCUAAACAAAAAUAGUUUGCUUAAAAUCUGAUGGUGAAAAAGCAAAUCGGCACAACAAAAUCAAAAAAUGUUGGCCGAAUAUCAAAAAUUAUUCUACAAUAAUGUCUUAUCACAGACCAUUUCUAGUUGUGGCGAAUUUUUAUUUGCGGGCACAAAUUUCGGUGAAAUAUUCGUUUACAGUAUACCGCAAAUAUGUGUGAGUCCAGAUGAUGAAAAUUAUGACAGUGCAUCGUUGCAGGCAAAUGAUACGAAGUCCGGUAUUAGUACGGCAACCACGCUAAAAAAUUCGCUGACAAAACCAAUUCAAGUAUUCAAUGUGACCGAAAAUGGCAAAAAGCAACAAGUACAAAGUUUGGCCUUUUUCGAGAAUUUCCUAAUCGUUGGAACGAAUACGGGUCGCAUCAGUGGUUAUACAUGGUACAAAAAUCGCUUGACGAAAAAAACAUGGGAAACAUUUUUGGCCAAUCAAAAUUUGGCCGAUCAAAACGAUAUGAAUUGUUUUUGGUUGGAAAAAAAGAAUGGUAUUUUAUAUGUUGGAUGCGGUGACAACAAUAUGUAUGCCAUUAGUUUAGAAACGGGCAAAAUAAUUCGCACAUUCAUCGGCCAUACGGGAUUUUUACAUUGGAUCGAUGGUAUGGCUGAUUCGAAUUUAUAUUCAGCAUCGGAAGAUGGUUCGGUUAAGUUUUGGGAUAAACGAGAAAAGCGAUACGUCAACCAAUUGGAACCGUGGAAAGAUGAACGACUGGAACGGCCACAAUUUGGUAAAUGGCAAGGUACGGUGGCCGUUACAGACGAUUGGCUGUUAUGUGGCGGUGGACCAAAAUCAAGCCUUUAUCACUUACGCUCACUCGAAUGCUCAACAGUCUUCGAUGUUAACAGCAGCAUUCAUGUGUCCGGCUUUCUCGAUGACAUUGUUUACUUGGGCGGUGAUAAUAAUCAUUUGUUUCAGUACAAUUUAAAAGGCGAUGUUACGGCCGAAAUUCCAGUCUCAUCGUCGGCUAUUUAUUCCGUUGUUUCACAGACCACACCAGAAAAAUUCAUGUCAAUCGCUGGUGCCAGUAAUUGCUUGGACAUUUGCACAAAUUUCAAUUACAAAGACAUCAUGCUGAAAUUGUAUGAAGCACCAAAUCAUUCGAAUAAAUAAUAAUUAUACAAUUUUUUCCCAUUAUAUUGUAAAUGAU